UCCAGCCAUCCAUUCUACCUCUUCAUCGGUCAACAUGUCGUCCGACUCGCGCGCCGUGGAGACGGCCCUGGCGCGCAACUUGCUGUCAUCGGUGCUCGCUUUAGCUUUUCCCAAUGACUUGGAGAGUGAUUCCGCUGCUUUGGAGACCUUUUUGACGCAACAGGUGGCUCUGCGCGAGGCUCUAGAGCGCCACAAUGUGUUCGGACUUGUUACGGACGGGAAGGCUCUGACUAAAUGGCAAACCAGGCUGUUACAACUCGUGGAGGGCUCGUCAACCUCUCGUCGCGUUGGAUGGGAACUGCUGCACACGACGAUGCGUCAGAGUCCAUUGGAACGACUCGAAGCACUGGCUGUGAAGCUGCUAGAGCGCGUCGUGAAGGUCUUGAAGCAGCAGCAAUCGAGUAAGACGCAGGACGACGAGGCGGAGCACUCUGCAGCUGCUGCCUGCGGCGUGGCUCAAGCUCUACUGCUCCAUGUGGACAGGUUCAACCCGGACACACGUCGGGAGGUUCUGGAGCUGCUUGGCAAGCUGCUCCAGCCUCUAGUAGCGCUACUACGCCAGACCAGCAACGCCUCAUUGGUCAUUGCUCAGCUGGAACUCAUUGUCACCUUGUUGCGUGCAUCUCCUAACUCACUGAGGAGCUAUGCCAUGAAGAUCGAGUCGGCAUGUGUGGACGUCCUGUUCCCUUCCGUUGGAGGUGACAACGAUGAGGUGGCUCAGAAGGCGACGGAGUGUCUUGCGCUACUGUGCAACGCAUCAGAUAAACCUCAGCAGGUGUGGACUCAGAUGGCUCAGAAGGCUUUAGAGGCGGCACAUCAACAGCUUGACUUACUGGCAGGCAAACGCUCUUCAACCCCUUCGACCGAAGGAGUGACGGGCAAGAAGCUGUGGGUGCAGGGGGCUGCCAGCCAGCAGCUGCCGAUCUACCAACGUGCCGAAGUGACGCUGACCAGAAUGUAUCGUGCUUUAAGCGCGUUGCACGAAUCACUGAGCGCUCGCACUGCUACGCUUAGUCGUGGACAGAUAUCCGAGCGUGAAGUGCAACAGGUUCUACCAGAAAUUAUUGUCUUUGCUCGACGUGCAAUGGGCGUGCGUGCACACGAAGUGGGAAAACACACGGGAGUAUCGGACGACGGUGUUCGUCUCCCCAUUAGCGUCGUGUACGCUGUGAUACCGCGUGUGCACGCUCUAGCCCUGCGUGCUUUAAGUGCGUCGGUGGAACGUGCUGGUAUCUGUGCUCUGCGUCAUGCUAGUAAAAUCACUCGUGUUCUAUUGCUUGCUGCUGAGAGCGUCGGUGACGGUGAAGACCUUCAGGCUUUGGCUGAUACUACAGCGGUGUGUGCCCGUCGUCUGGGUGCCAGUACAGUCGAGAAACUUGGUGUGCCAUUGCUGAACGAGUUGGUCACGCGUUGCAAGCGUAGUCUGGAUGACAAGACGAGCAGUACGAGCUCCUCGAACAGCGUGGCUAAAGCUCUGGCAGCUCAGCAGAACGACUCGAAGAACAGUGGGAACAAGAGCAAGAAGCGGAAGCGUCAAGCUGCUGCGGCUGCGACUCUCGCGGCGCUGAAUGGAGGCAAUUCGGCUGGCGCUCAGACGAGAUUUGUGUCUAUGCGUGACGAGACUGUCGUUGCAUUGACUCUUGAAGCUGUGCUGACGGCUAUCGCUGGCUGCGUGAGUGUCUAUGGGUGUUUGUUGCCAGAGGAAUGUCGUUCUUCGGCCAGUGAGCUGGCACUCAAGGCUGUUCAGCACCGAUAUGCUGUGGGAAGCCACGCCCAAGCUGCAGUUGACCCGGUGGCGCUCGCUUUGCUAUCCGACGCAGUGACUGCUGACUUCUCGGGCUCUCAUGCUGCUAGCUUGCUUCAUGGACUGCAGUACUGGCAGCGUCGCAUUGUUGGCAGCGGAGGCGCUUCUUCGGUUCUCCAGUUGGUUGCUCUCAACGCUGGUGAGGCCAUACUACACCCACGUGCACCCCCAAUGGCUAUUUCCUUUCAACAGGGAAGUAAGAAGGAGCAGGUGAACCGUAGCUUUGGAAACUACGCAAAAACUACGAAGGAGUCUUCUGUUCUGGGGGAUGCUAUGGACUGGGACGAAAACGAGAAAGAUGAAAGUGAGGACGAGAAGGUUGAACAGAAGGAAGAGCAGGAACCGACGAAGAUUGAGGCACCCACUGAAGAGAACGAUGAGGAGGACGAAGAGGAAGAAGAUUACGACGAUGCUCGACCUCAGACUUCUAGCGAGACGAAACCCAUGGAAACUGAAAAGGAGGAGGCUCAAGAUGAGAGCGAUGAUGAAGAAGAAGAGGACGAUGAACCAGAUGCGAAACGUGCCAAGGACAGUGAUAAUGAGGAGAAACUUGUCGCUACGGUUGAAGCUGACGACGACGAUGACGACUUCCCCGACAUCGUCGUGGAUGAUGAUUAGAGCUCAACACUGGCCUGCACUUGUCGUGUAUUGAGUGGAGCACACAAAGGCUAUACCAAGCAUGCAAUGUCGAGAUGUAUUGGCUGCACUUCAAUAGACUUUUUGAUUGACUUUCA